UCACUGUGGUGACUGAUAUUUCCCUGCUUCUGGUUUUUCUUAAAAAAUAUAGGACCCUGUUCCUCCGGAGUUGGUCCUAUUGCUGCAACAAUCCCAGGAUGCCUUGCUUCAGAAAUUAUUUCCUGCGGAGGCCACGAACCCCAAACCUGAUGAAAAUGAUACGAAGACUCAGGCAAAACCUGCACUUGUCACAGUCGUCUCAAAAUUUAAGGGUUCCCUCGAACAGCUGAUGGAGAUCUUGCACAGCACCACUCCACACUACAUCCGGUGCAUUAAGCCCAACGCAGACUGCAAGGCGGCGCUUUUCAGAAAAGAGGAGGUUCUGCAUCAGUUGGAGGCAUGUGGCAUUGUAGAAACCGUCAACAUCAGUGCAGCUGGCUUUCCGAUUAGGAUUUCCUUUGGAAGCUUUUUAGAACGUUAUGGACUGCUGAAGAAAUUACAAAAACAAAAUCUGAAAGCCAUGUCCAAUCAAGAAAAUGGCUUUUCCCAUGAUACAGAGAAUGGCAGGUCAGUGACACCCCCUGUAGAAGAGAAAGGUGACACUUCGCAAUCUAAGGUCCAAGAUAUCCUUCAGCAGGUGAACCCCAGCAGUUCUUCUGUCAAGCCUGGAGAAGCCAAAUCACCCAGCCUAUCAACGUUUUGUGGCAAGACCAAAGUAUUUUUGACCAACUCCAUGCUGGAGCUUCUUGAAUUUCAAAGGGCUUCUGUCUUAUCCGAGAACGCGUUCUGCAUCCAGUGCUGCUGGAGAAGGUUUAGGAGGCGGAAGAUCGCCAGGCAGAAGCAGUCUGCCACCGUCAUCCAGUCAGCUAUUCGCCAGUGGCUAGCUAGGAAACGUUUCCAGAGGUUACGUAAGGCUGUUAGGAUUAUAAAACGGGCCUGGAGGAAAUGGAAGGCCAGGAUGGCUCUGAUAGCUGCGGAAGAACUGGAUGCCGUUGAAGAAAUUCCCCUUCCCUCUGUCCUUGGGGCAGCUGUUUCCUCAGGCCAGGCUCCUAGAGAACUGGGCACUUCCUGGCCUCUGAAUUCCAUCAUCCACUUCUGGCCUCUCAGUCUUGCUCUGUCAAGCGCCCCAACAAAGGUGGAGGGGUUCCAGAGAGACCUUGCUCUCCUCACUUGCCUCCAGGUCUUACAGAAGAUAAGCUGGAACAAGGCAGAGACCAGGCUCCCUGCACAAGGUGUCAGCUCCAUCAGAGCUCCCCCGCAGGGCUCCAUCAAGUUCCACUGCAGGAAGUCCCCACUGCUUCACGCCAACACCAGGCCACACAGCCACACUUGCGUAAUGACUGGGCUCAACCAGAUUCUCCUCGAUAAACGUGCAGUGCUCUCAGUCUGAAAGGGUUCUUCUGGGCCCUUGAUCUGUCCUGUAUUUAUUGCUCCCUAAGUCUUGUAGUAUCUCCUGCCUAGGAUGCUUCCUGGAGAACCAGAGAAGCACGGCCCUAACUAAAGUGCUUCUUCCGCACACCGACAUUAUCUAGGAGCCGAAGUAGAGUCCUGGCCCACCCAUUCAAUCCAUGCAUUUAUUAAAAUACAGCUGUACUCAUUUUCACAUUUCUGGGGAUUGUAUGCAUAUAGUAGAAACCAAGCUACCUCCACUAGCUUAUUUGGCCUGAUAGCAACCAGUAACCUUGUGCAGUGAAGGGAUCCCACCCCCUUCAUCAUCUGAUCCUUUACUUUCAGAAUCUGGAAGCAAAUCUUACAAGGGUCGUGCACACUUUGGAAAUGAUUCCGAAGUGCUUUAAGCACACACCUUUCUGCUAUUCAGUAAAGCAGCCCAACAUUUUCCAGGUUUCCAUACAAGGUUUUAAAUAAUGCUACUUUAAGGAAUCCACUGGUUUAUGUUGAACCUUAAAGCAGCAGCAUUUUUUUUCCAUGCUUCUGCAGAAGCCUUAGUAAAGUCAGACUUUAAUUAAUUGCAAAGAGGUGCUGCGCUUGGACCAGUGUGAGCUCAAAGCUGUUCUUCCAAAUCAUUUUUGAAGCGUGUACAGCUCUAAAUCUUAUUAAACCCAGAAGCCUGUAGAAUUUCAAUCCUGCUAGUUUUGGGGGUGCAUAUUUUUUUAAAAAAUGGUCUAUAUGACAUGUAUUUCAAAAUGGUGCUGUAGAUUUGCUAUACAACAAAUCUGUUUCCCUUAGAUAGAAAUCUUCAGGGUUAUUCUUUUUUAAUGGCCACAUAGUUAUAUUGAUAUAUUAUCAAAUAUCCAUUUUAAUGUAGUGAGAACUUUAUGUUUUUAAAACUUUCUCUAUUGCACUGUCAGUGUUCUUGACAUAGUGCUUGGGGCAUUUUUAAAAAAUCUAAACAGUUAUUUUGAAAAUUCCUGCGAGAUGCAGCUGUUUUGUUCAAAAUGUUUCUUAAAAUGUCAACAACCAGAUAUCUUCACCGGGAAGAAAAAAGAAAGAAUAAUAAAUACUUUUAAAAUAUUAGAAUACUGUAUUAAUAGGUGGAGGUCAGAAUAACUCUCUUCCCUGAUCCCUCUACCUAACUUCUGGGUUACAUUAAACUUUGUACAAAUUAAGAGAUAAUAAACUUCAGAGUUUAUUAUAAAUGGUGCUGGUUGGUUUUGAUUUCUCUUGUACUCCUCCCUCCAGACCUGGCUGGGAGCAAAGUCGGACUUCAGUGAAGUUAUAAAGAAAUUAAAGUAACAGCUGCACUUUAAACCCAGUGCAUAUUUGACUGGUAGAUUCUUCUGUGAUUUUGCUCCUUGGAUGUGCCAUUAAACUGUUGAUC